UCGAAGGUUGCAACAUGGGGGCGUGUCCUUUGACGUCACACCCGCUACAUAUUCCCGUUUGAAGCACUCGCACAUAAAUUUGGACCGACGCGGAAUCUUCAGGCGUUGGACAAACUCUUACCCUGACACUUGACAACUCACAUCGGGGCUUCAACCUCCUAUUUGACUCUACCACACCAGGAUGAAAUCAGUGGUUCUCCAGCUGGGUCGCAGCCUGCGAAACUCCGCUCCGCUGCUCCGCUGCAGCGUCCACUCAGGGCGGCCGUGUCUCACCUCCACAGCAGCCUCCAAGAAAAAGUUGGAACAGCCGCUCAAUUCUGAGGAGAUCUACGCCCGCGAGGACAAGUACGGGGCACACAACUACCAUCCCCUGCCUGUAGCCCUGGAGAGGGGUGAAGGCGUCUUUGUGUGGGAUGUGGAAGGCAGCCGCUACUUUGACUUCCUGAGCGCUUACAGUGCUGUCAACCAGGGCCACUGCCACCCUAAGAUCGUCGCCGCCCUAAACGACCAAGCCUCCAAGCUCACCCUGACCUCCAGAGCUUUCUACAACAACAUUCUUGGGUCCUACGAGGAGUAUAUCACAAACAUGUUUGGAUACGACAAGGUCUUACCCAUGAACACGGGCGUCGAAGGUGGCGAGACUGCCUGCAAGCUGGCGCGCAAGUGGGCCUACAAUGUGAAGGGCAUCCCCACAAACAAAGCCAAGAUCAUCUUUGCGAAUGGGAACUUCUGGGGCCGCACCCUUGCAGCCAUCUCCAGCUCCACUGACCCCAGCAGCUACGAAGGCUUUGGUCCCUACAUGCCAGGCUUUGAGCUGGUCCCGUUCAACGACAUUCCAGCCCUGGAGAAAGCCCUCCAGGACCCGCAUGUCGCAGCCUUCAUGGUGGAGCCCAUCCAGGGCGAGGCUGGAGUGGUGGUACCCGACGACGGCUACCUGACCAAAGUCAGGGAGCUUUGCACGCGACACAGUGUGCUGUGGAUUGCUGAUGAGGUCCAGACAGGCCUGGCCCGCACCGGGCGGCGUCUGGCUGUGGACCAUGAGCAAGUGCGUCCGGAUGUGGUCAUCUUGGGAAAAGCUCUUUCGGGAGGAGUUUACCCCGUGUCUGCCGUUCUGUGCGACAAUGAGAUCAUGCUGACUAUCAAGCCUGGGGAGCACGGGUCCACAUAUGGCGGUAAUCCCAUUGCCUGUCGGGUAGCCAUCGCCGCGCUCCAGGUGAUGGAGGAGGAGAAGCUGGCAGAGAACGCUGAGAGAAUGGGACAGUUACUGCGCUCCGAGUUGAGGAAGCUCCCAUCAGACAUUGUGACCAUGGUGCGAGGGAAAGGCCUGCUCAACGCCGUCGUCAUCAGGGAGACCAAAGACUUUGAUGCGUGGAAGGUGUGCCUGCUCCUCCGUGACAACGGGCUGCUGGCCAAGCCGACCCAUGGCGACAUCAUCCGCCUGGCCCCUCCCCUCACCAUCAACGAGCACCAGCUGAGGGAGUGCGUGGACAUCAUCCACAGGACCAUCACCUCACUCUAAAGUACCAAACGGUUCAACUGAGAAACACAGUAUCAGAUUGACAUCAUAGUCUGCUUAUUUUGUCCAAAAUUACCAAAUCAUAUUUUUAAAAAGUGAACGUUACUGUAGUGACACAAUAUGCACAGAUGCUACUUUAGUUCACAUGAGCUGCAGUACUGAAUGUAUGGCAGUGCAAAUAAUUAUUUUAAAAAUAAUUUCUAAGUGGUUUUACCAAUGAAGCAGCUAGCAUUUACAAAUAUUUUUUUUUAAUAUACCAGCAUAGGCAUAUGAUUAAACAAAAAGUGCUUAAGAAGCUUCAACAGCCUACCUUUUUUAUGGUUAUUACAACUAUAUUGGCUGUUACUUUUACUAGUAUUAUAGUAGCGGUACUUGUAACCCGUGAAUGUAUCAGUUGGGCAUUGUGUAAUUCCAUGUGUGGGCAGCCGUGGCCGCUGUUGUCAACGCAGAUAACACGUUUGCAGCCAAAAGCACCUUUUUGUAGCGCACUGGAAAUGGACGUUAUGAUCAAAGCUUCAAAUAUUGGGAAUAUUUAAUGUAAUACAAUACGGAGAUUGUUACACUUGCUCAUGUUAUUGAAUUAGAAACUGUAUCCAAAUAUUUGACUUGGUGUUGUGGCUGUUGUCUUUUUAAAGGCUAGGGUUUGUUACACAGGCAGAAAAAAAAACAAUCAGAACUUCUUCCAAUAAAUUAUUGCAGUCA